AUGGCAGAGCCAGGUUUUCAGGCUCUUCCUGAAGACCAGGACAGUGGGGGUCGACCUCACUUCCAGUGGGAGAAUACACCAGAAGAUGGGGGCCACAGCAGAAAAAGAUAUUCUCCUGGAUCCCACCACCCAAAAUUGUUUGGCAGUUGGGAUCCAAAGGUAACUGUUCUUCCAGAUGGAAGCCUGCAGAUUCUGAAUGCCUCCAAAUCUGAUGAGGGGAAAUACAUAUGCCGAGGAGAAAAUAUAUUUGGUUCAGCAGAAAUUACAGCUUCAGUAUUUGUGAAAGAACCUACCAGGAUAGACCUGUCCCCCAAAAGAACUGAGCUCACGGUGGGAGAAAGCAUUGUCCUCAGCUGCAAAGCUUUUCACGACCCCACCUUAGAUGUCAUCUUUCACUGGAGUCUGAAUGGACAGCCUAUCGAUUUUGAAAAAGAAGGUGGACAUUUUGAAAGCAUCAGGGCGCAAGCAUCUUCUGCAGAUUUAAUGAUCAGGAACAUCCUUCUGAUGCAUGCUGGAAGAUAUGGCUGCAGGGUGCAAUCUACAGCAGACAGUGUAUCAGAUGAGGCAGAACUUCUUGUUAGGGGUCCACCUGGGCCUCCUGGGGUUGUCAUUGUUGAAGAAAUCACAGAGGUCACCGCAACUCUUUCAUGGACUCCUGGAGCAGAUAACCACAGUCCUAUUACUUCUUACAACUUGCAAGCGCGAAGUCCGUUUUCACUUGGCUGGCAGACUGUGAAAACAGUUCCUGAACACAUAGGGGGUGACCUGGAAUCUGCAAUGGCGGGUGAACUGAACCCUUGGGUAGAAUAUGAAUUUAGAGUUGUAGCAACUAACAAAAUUGGAACAGGAGAUCCAAGCACACCGUCUAAAGUGAUCCGAACCAAAGAAGCAGUUCCUAAGACGGCUCCCGCUAAUGUAAGUGGCAGAAGUGGAAGACGGCAUGAAUUAGUAAUAGCCUGGGAGCCAGUCUCCGAAGAAUUUCAGAAUGGGGAAGGCUUUGGAUACAUUGUGGCUUUCCGACCGAAUGGGACAAGAGGUUGGAAAGAAAAAAUGGUCACGUCUUCUGAUGCCUCCAAGUUCAUCUACAGAGAUGAAAGCGUGCCUCCCUUGACUCCGUUUGAAGUGAAAGUUGGAGCAUAUAACAACAAAGGUGAUGGACCGUUCAGCGCAAUUGUUGUGAUCAGUUCUGCUGAGGGAGAACCGAGUGCUGCUCCUACUGAUGUCAAGGCUACAGGACUGUCUGUAUCAGAGAUUCUUGUUGCGUGGAGUCACAACAAAGACAGCCUAGGAAGGCCUCAGGGAUUUGAGGUUGGCUACUGGAAAGAUAUGGAACAAGAAGAAGCAGAGGAGAAGGCCAGGUCAGAAGGGAAUGAGUCCUCUGUCAUUCUCACAGGGCUAGAAGGCAACACCCUGUACCACCUGAGAGUGAAGGCAUACAACUCAGCAGGCUAUGGACCACCAAGCAACAUUGUCCAUGUGGCCACUAAGAAAUCUCCACCUAGUCAAGCACCAAACAUUAUGUGGGUUCAGGAUGGUCCCCAUGUUUCCUUAGGAUGGGAGCCUGUAAAGCCUUUAGCUAAUGAGUCCGACGUCAUGGGAUACAAGGUCUUGUUAAGGCAAGAAGGACACAGCAAUAGCCAAGUAAUUGAAACCCAGAAAACAUCUGCAGUGGUGCUUCUCCCUGAUGUAGGUGUCUAUAUCAUAGAAGUCUGUGCAGUGAGUGAAGGAGGAGAUGGCACACCAAGCAGCCAGAUCAGGAUACCAUCUUUUUCAGGUGGAAAAGUCACAAAUUCUCAAUCCAGGCUAAAUGCUUUUACCACUUCUUCAUCGACUGUAACAUUUCUAUUGGUAUUGAUGGUCCCUUCAACGUCAUGGUGAAGGAAAAGAAAGAAGACCUUUCUCAUUUCUCUGGUUGCUUUAGUAUGGUAGCACCAACGGAUGGAGUUCCACAACCAGAGAGAAAGCAGAAGACUAAUUAUCAAAGGAAUCUCAAAGAUGCUUCUUCAAAAGAGAACUGGACUAUUUUUUUUUCUGAGGAAAAAGAAGACGUUUCGCUUCUUGUCCAAAAAGCUUCAUCGGUUCUUGGAUGAGAAGCAAAAUGUCUUCUUUUUCUUCCUCAGGGAAAAAAUAGUCCAGUUGCCUUUUGAAAAAGCACUUUUGAGACAACUAUGACCUGGAUGACUGAUAAUCUCCACACACAUAUCAAAGGAAUGUUUCAGAAAUGCAGCCUAGUGCAUCAAGAAGAAUAUUGCAGGCACGAAAUAACACAAAAAUAAUCCACCAGGUGUCUUCUCUUUGGUUUCCAUAAAUGUCCUCUUUGGGGGUAGGGGAUGUUUUUGCCCAACAGAAAAUAUGCAGAUUCUUUGAUAUAAACUUUUGUAAACUAAUGGGAAUUACAUCAAAUUUUAUUUACCUUUUUAACUGUAUCCAUAUUAGCUAGCACCAGUCUUAUACCCUUAGUAAAUUAAAUGACUGAAACAGUGCGUCCAUUUUGUUUGCACUGUUAAAGAUUUUAACAAUUUUAUGAAAAAAAUAAUUAUUUGGAUUCUAGCGAAUUAUCCUUCCCCUUCUCAGAAGGCUGAGUUUUGUUUUACUUUUUUACUUGUCAAGAGAAAAAUGCCAUGAUGUGACCCGGUUUCAAAAAUGACUAUAGUUAAUGUUGCCUUUAUGAAAAAAAAACCCCAUAUAAUUAUGAUCUUUGGUAUGGUACAGUAAUUUUUCCUCUGUUUUCUUCUCCGUUUGUAUUCUCCAAGCACAUCAUAAGGCACUUUUCCAGAUCCAAGCAAAUCUGAAACAUACUGAACUGAGAAUAAAACUGAGGCCUCUCAUUUUGUAUUAGAUAUUGUCCACUACAAUAAGGGAGAAAAAUUGCUUAUUUUUAAAAGCGUAACUAUACAUGAUAGGGAGCACAGAUGUUACUGAAAUCAUUGUUUGACACUUAAUCCGAGUCUUCAGCAAUUGCUAACUGCAAGUAUGAAAUUAAUGAAGAGAGACAAAGCUGUCUUCCCCAAACAGCUUCCUGUCUUUAGACCUUUAUUUUUGUAGUUCAUUUUUGUAUGGUACUGUACUGUCUAUAUUUGGUGAUUUAGCAAAUUGGUAUCAAUAAGCAUUUCAAGAUUGGAACAAUGUGGUCUUGCCUAGAUUGUCCUUAAUAUGAACCAAGGACAUUUUUUAAUGUCCAAAAUGAAAAUGAUAUGGUUGGGCAAACGCUUUUAAUGUUCUCAGGCUUAAGAGUCAAAAUCUUUAACCUUUCCAUAUCCAAGGCCUAGCUUCAAAACAACCUGUAGUGUUGGAUCAACUUUUAGUUCUUAUCAUCAUCUCAUUAUCAUCCUCCUCCAUCACCUCCUUCUCCUCUUCCUUCUCCUGCUCUGCUCCUACCCUCUCCCUAAGUGCCCGUGCACGUUAUAUUCUCAUUUCUCAUAUGCAACUACUUCUGUACCAAGGCAUUCUAUCAAGGUCUGAAAAGGGCUCAUGAGAAAAUGGAUAGUGCCAGAGAAUUUGAAUAAAUCAAUGCUAAUAUAAAGCUUCCCUGCACAUACUUAUGAGAUCUAGCGGUAGCUUCAUUGUGCUUUCUUUCUUCCAGAACAUGUACUGUAAUGGAACUUUACAUUACAUUUAAGAGAAGCUGAGUUUUUUCUCAAUCGCAACCCAAAUAAUUGCAUCCUGGAUUGUUUUUUUUAUAGUGGUCUUCCCUGCUUCCUAUUAUCUUCAACCAUUCUAUUCCAAGAGACAGGGUGGGGACGCAAUGGGGGAGGGGAAGCCCUAUGGUGUAAAAUUAGUAAAAGAAAUGUACUAGAGAAAUAUUUUCCCAAUGCAGGUGGUGGAAAAUAUUAUUCAUAGACACACAGAGAUUUGGCUUUGCAUAACCAAUAAUUUGUAUUGACAGUACAUUCCACUAUUACUGGAAUUUGCUUUUGAAUACAGAAUAAUAGAAUUUGAAAGGACCUUGGGUAACUUCUAGUUUAAACCCUGCUCAAUCAAGAGACCCAUACCAUGGCUGUUCAGUCAUAAAAAUUUCCAGUGAUGGAGCACCCACAACUUCUGGAGGCAAGCCAUUCUCAUUGCCAGAAAAUUUCUCCUUAGUUCUAGCUUGGUUCUCUCCUGGGAUAACCUUCCACCUGUUAUUUCUUAUCUUGCCCUCAAGUGCUUAAGAUAAUAGGUAGAUCACCUCUUCUCUAUGAUAACCUCUCAAGUAUUGGAAGACUGUUAUUGUCAACACUGCAAAUAUUGUAUAUUCUUGCUUUUGACAAUAUGCAGAAUUUUGGGGUUAAUAAAGAGCAGAAGGGGCGUUGGGGGUAAAGCCCGGGAAAGAA